CCAAGACAGCAAACUUGUUUUUGAAACUUCAACAGAAUUUUGUAUUAUUUUAAUUAUUUCAUUUGAUUUUAUUUCAGAAAUGAUUCCUAUUAUGUGUAGGACGUUUUGUAAGACAAAGUUACGCCAAAUUGCACGAUUCUCAACCAAUGCUGUUAAUUUUGGGGUAGCUGGCGAUGUAGUUACAGCAAAUUUAACAAAAGGCAUCGAUCAUUUAAGAAAUCCUCGGCUAAACAAGGGUCUCGCUUUUACUUUGGAAGAACGUCAAGCCUUUGGGAUCCAUGGGCUUUUGUCAAGUGAAUUCAGAACCCUUGAACAGCAAUUGGCGAUAUGUCGAUUGUCUGUGGACAGAUAUAGAAGUCCGUUGAACAAAUACCUUUAUUUGGCGGAGUUAUUGGACACGAACGAGACGUUAUUCUAUUGCUUAAUACACGACGAUGUUGAAAAAUACAUGCCUCUGAUUAAUUCUCCAACGGUAGGGAUUGCCUGCCUGAGGUUUGGCCUCGUGUAUAAAAUGUCUAGGGGCCUCUUUGUGACUAUACACGAUAAAGGCCAUGUUAUUGAUGUUUUGAAGAACUGGCCAGAACGAGAUGUCCGUGUGGUUGUGGUUACUGAUGGCGAAAGAAUUCUGGGUUUAGGCGAUCUUGGGGCACACGGUAUGGGGGUCGCUCAAGGCAAGAUAACAUUGCUAACUGCUCUUGGAGGAAUUAAACCACAUCAGUGCAUGCCAGUCUGUUUGGAUGUUGGAACUAAUAGUACAUCGCUUAUAGAAGACCCUCUAUACAUCGGCAUCCGAGAGGCGCGGUACCCACGCAAGGACUAUGAUGAUCUCGUGUGCGAAUUUUUUGCUGCGUGUAAGAAAUUGUAUGGACCACAGACUCUUAUUAUGAUGGAAGAUUUAGCAAUGCAUAACGCGUAUCGUCUUCUAACUAGAUUUCGAGAUGAUUAUUGUGUGUUUAAUGAUGAUAUACAGGCCACAGCAGCCACAGUGCUUAGUGGACUAAUGGUCGCUUGCAACAGAAUCACUAAUCAAAAACUCAAGGACAAUACUUACUUGUUCUUUGGAGCUGGCUCUACGGGUGUUGGGAUAGCGAACUUGUUAUGUGAUGCUAUGAUGGAAGAAGGUCUUACAAGUGAGGCUGCUAGAAACAGAUGUUAUUUAUUUGAUAUUGAUGGUCUACUCUCACGGAAACGAAGAGCAGGGAUACCAGCUCAUGCUAAAGACUUUGCUCGCGAUUUGGAACCCGAAACAGAUUUCCAAGCUUGUAUUAAGAAAUUUAAGGCGACGUGUAUAAUUGGUACAUCAACAUCUGGAAGUGCAUUCACACCGUCCAUAUUGAGAGAAGUGGCUAAAAAUACCGAAAGGCCAUUAAUUUUUCCAUUGUCAAACCCAACCAUUCAGUCUGAAUGCUCUGCUCAGGAAGCUUAUGACUACACGCAAGGUCGUUGUAUCUUUGCUUCUGGAUCCCCGUUCCCUCCUGUAGCGUACAAGGGUAAGAAGUUCUACCCUGGUCAAGCCAACAACUAUUACAUCUUCCCUGGAAUUGCGCUUGGAGUUGUCGCUGCAAAUGCUUUUAGGGUUACCGAUGACAUGUUCAUUACAGCUGCUAAGACUUUAGCAAGAAACGUGACUGAAGAAGAUAUAAAAGUCGGCCGUAUUUACCCACACGUGAAUCAAAUGAACAACAUAUCCCUCUCUAUAGCUGCUGACAUUGUUUCAUUAGCAUGUGACCUAAAUCUUACAUAUUUAUGCCCAAGACCAAGUAAUUACAAAGAGUUUGUACGGGAACAAUCGUACGAAUUUAAAUAUUCCACUAAUAUUCCGAGAUUUUAUUCGUACCCGGAAAAGUCUAUUAUUAAACUCAAAAAUAUCGAGAUUCUUCACAAAGGUCUUCUGCCACGCAAGAGAAGGCCACGGCCAAGAAGUGAUCCACCAAUAUUAGUAUAAUUUACUAUAUUUACUUUGUUAGAGAAAAGUUUUUAAGGACUUUAUGUCUAUCAUGUUCACUAUAUUACGUACGUAUUUUGGAUGGCAGUGAAUGGGAAGGCUCUCGAGUAUAAAUAAUUAUAUAGAUUUCAUUGUCGUUAGUUCUUUGUUAGUUAAUUAAAAAAUAAUAUUACACGUUUAAUGUUAUAACUUUAUAUUUAUUCUGUAGUGAAAAAUAAAUAGUUUCAUUAAAUU